CGAACAUGAUCCAACGGGACACAACGAUUUCCCCACUGCCUUAACUUUCCAAUGCACAUCCAUAUGCCUCCCCCAUCGGAUAUAUAAAGAGCCGAAGCCAUUAUAUCACUUCAAUACAAUCGAAAUCAUAGCAUUAAUUCGAACUGACAGAAUUACAUUUCUCAUCGAACAAAUCCAUUUAAUCAAAACCAGUAAAGAGGAUGUCAGGAGAUCGAAAGGUGGGUGUUGCUGUGGAUUACUCUUCAAGCAGCAAAUAUGCUCUGAAAUGGGCUCUGGACAAUCUUGCUGACAAGGGAGACCAUGUUGUGAUCCUUCAUGUUCAUAACAACAAGGGCGCCGAAACAGGCCAGUCCCAGCUCUGGGAGAAAUCUGGAUCGCCUCUUAUUCCUUUGUCUGAGCUCAGACAGCCAAAUUUGGUUAAGCAAUAUGAUCUCACCCCAGAUUCCGAGACCCUGGACAUGCUGGACACUGCUGCAAGGCAAAAGCAGAUCAUAGUAGUAGCCAAGAUAUACUGGGGUGAUCCAAGAGAGAAGCUUUGUGAUGCAGUAGAGGACCUUCAGCUUGACAGCUUGGUAAUGGGCAGCAGGGGUCUUGGAUCACUGAAAAGGGUUUUCCUUGGAAGUGUGAGUAAUUAUGUUGUAACCAAUGCCAUCUGCCCUGUGACUGUUGUAAAGGAGCCUGGAUUCAAACCAUGAUGAAAUAGUAAUGGUUUCAGUGUUCACUUAUGGACAAAACCUUUUAAGCUAUGUAAGAACAGUGGGGCUAUACUGUUACCUGUGUUAUAUUUAUUUGAAUAUAAUUAGGACAAAUUUGGUUGGUCAAUAAUUAUAACUCCACUUUAUAGUAGAGUUUUUUUCGAAA